AUGGACACGAUCAACCACAUCUUGGCCCAUCAGCUCGCUCACAAUGACCAGAUCCUCGCCAACGAUCGCCAUGUGAUCGACACGCUCACCCGCCAGCGCGCCAUCAUCCUCUGCGAAGCUCAGGACGGUCAGGAUGGGCCCGUGAUGCAUAGGUCAGUCGAGGGCAACGGCCACACUGUGCCACAAUCAGAGCUAUAAUUCAUGUGCUCGAUCUCCAUCCGACAGGUGGAAUUUGCGAAUGGCAUCCCUGAUCGCACCGUCGACGAGCUCACCGAUCCGAGCCAUCGCCUUUGAGCUACUGCAGCUCACCUACACCGCCUCGACCGCAUCCAUGCUCCAUCAGGGCAGGCACUGUCUCGCCACAGCGCUCAACAUCCUCGCGUCCCCCAAGUCGGACCAUGCCCUCUUUGUCGCCGCGCUCGGACUCGUCCAGCUCGUGCUCGCCCAGAGCCAGUGGCAUCCCGAGUGGGCCAGGGAUGUAGUCGGAGCACCGGUUGUACAACGUACCCUCAAUGCUCUCGUCACCGCUGCAUCAAAUCAAGCCCAUCCCAUCGUGAGUGGGAGGCAGCAGAGCGAAGCGCGCUCGGAUACGAAGGAUUUUUCGAUCCUGAGCCCUAAAUCUCGAUCUCGUUCUCCGUUCACAGAUCACGAUUGCCUCCCUCGAAGCCAUCAUCACCCUUAUCCCCCUCUUCCCGACCGCACUGAGACCCGUCGCACCCUCGAUCCAUUCGCUCGCCAUCGACUGCAUCGGCAGCCCCUCCGAGCUUGUGCCCCUCGGCUCCCAGCUCUUUGCCUCGCUCUACCUCCUCGCGCCCAAAGGCCGUGAAGGGUUGCGCGAAGCUUGGCGAAAAUCGGUCGAGUCUUUGAUCGGGACGAUAGAUACUCUGAUCCCUUCUGUCACUUCGGACAUUUUCGCCGAAGACGAGGCCAGGCUCAAUCACACCCUUCCCUCGUUGGCUCUCCCUCCUCUCGCUUCGUCGUCGUCUUCUUCCUCCGCAACACCGCUCGUCACCCUCGACCGGAUCGAAAACCUCGCCGAGGUCCUCCGAACCGUCCUCCGUACCCCUACAACGGACCGAGUCGGCUCCGUCCCCAUCCCUUUGGGCGCGCUGUGUGAACUCUCGGUCCGACUCUUGUCCCUGCACGCCGAAACGCCCGUCAAGGAACGAACCGACCCAACCGUGGUCCAAUCCGUCAUUUCUUACCUGCCUCGCCUUCAACUCGUCGGCGCGCAAUUGGUGGCUCAAACCGCAGCCUGCGUCGGAAUUCGUUUGGCCCCUCAUUCACACGAGAUCCUCACGACCCUCGUCUCGACCUUGGCUACUUAUGCGCCUCGUUCUCCCAUGAGGGCGAUGCUGACCUCGACAUUCUCGGUGCUCUUGCAACACCUGGGUGCUUCGAUCGAUCCGGAGGAAGGCAAACGCUCGUUGGCGAGGGUGUGGCGAGUCGUCUUGGAGGAUAUUGGGGCCGUCGCUGUUGAACCUACGUUGGUGACUCUGAACAAGGACGGGGAUGUCGUCAAGAACGGGACGUCGAACACCGUCAAUGGCGGUAGGAAGAACAAGAAGCAGAGGACGUAUGACCCGAGUGAGGCGUUGGCACUGAGUGGGAAGCGUCCUCAUCUCGAUGGAAUGGAUUUGGAAAUCGCUUUGCAGUCUCUGAACAGUAAGUCACCGGCUUCCGAUGCGCACCUUGCAAUGCUCUUACCCGAUUCCAUGCUUCCUCUCCGCAGCCCUGAACGAGCUCCUUUCCCACCCCCACUCGCACUUCCUCCCACCCAAGCUCCAACUAUCAACCUCGCGCCUCCUCCUCUACAUCCUCCUAACCUACUCCUCCGUCACCUCGACCUCCUUCCCUUCAACCCCAUCAACCGUACCCCUCUACUCCUCCUCCUUCAAAACCGUCUCCAACACCCUCGAAUUGGCCUUCCAAUCUCCCGACUUCAUCCCCUCCACUCUUACCUGUCUCCUGACCCUUCUCCGAACGACCCAAGGCGGUGGUGCACAAGGUACGAUCGAUCUAGCGAGCUUGAUCCUCGGUCAAUUCAUCCGAGCCGGUUCCUCGACCGAUGAUCGGAUCGUAGCUUUGGCGAGACAAGGUUUGGCUUGGCUCGAUGGGUUGACCCAUCCUUUGUUACCUCCUACGAGGACCGAUACGAGGUUCGUUCGAAGGGUUAGGGAAGAGAGGGGUGGGGAUGUGGGGGAUGUGCAUGAGGAGAUUCUUAGAGGUGUGGAGGAAUUUGGGUUGAAGAUACCUGUUGAGGGAGGGGAGGGGGAUGAGAUGGAGGAGGAAGGGGAAGAGGAGGAAGAGGUUAGGUUGAGGAGGGAGGAGAAGAGGAGGUUACAGAAGGAGAGGAUCGAGGAAGAGGAGAGGCAGAGGGUCGAGAAGAGGAAGAUGGAGGAGGCGAGACCAAAAGAUCCGAUUUUCUCGACCAAGGCAUUUGGGUUCAAUUCGUUGAGCACUGCGGGCGAGGGAACGACGACGACGGUCGCGAUGACGAUGGUCCAGCAGGAUGUGGAAGAGGAGGAGGAGGAGAUGCAUGUCGAUUCGACACCUGCACUCGUGUCGGCCACGAUCGCGAGUGUCAGACACGGCGGCGACAACGAUGGCGACGACGGUGGUUCGAGUGAUGAUGAUGGCGCGAUGCCGACGAUCAACAUGGAGUCGGAUGAUGAGUAA